GCGCCGCGGUUGUUGGUGUCCCGUAGCAAGAUGGCCGUCGCCUAGGCGCACGAUGCCGCGGCGCGCCCCCGGAGUGGUUCGGAGUGCAAAACAGUCCACGCUUGCCCAGGCGGCGACGCCGGCCAUGUCGAGGUGAAGGAGGGUGAGCAGACGGGGCGAGGAGAAGGAGUGGGGACGACGAGGGGACGGGACGAGCAGGUGCUGAGUAGGGAGAGGCCUCCACCACUCCCAGCGUCACGAGGGCCCUUCGCCAUGGGUCCCGUGAUGCCGCCGGUCAAGAAGUCGACCCUCACGACCUUCCCGUUGGGGCGCCACCUCGCCCCCGGCAGCCAGUCCCCGCCGCGCGCCACUCGCCUCUCCCUCGGCGCCAACUUUGGCGUCUUCUGCCUGAAUGCCACCGCCGCGGCCGCCACCGUGCCGCGGCCGCUCAGCCGGCGUCGCCCCUCGCAGCAGCAGCACCACCAGCAGCCGGCGGUGCGGAAGCGCUGGGCCAUCGGCGCCGACGGGGACGACCUGACGAGCUUGCAGUGGCUGCACGAAGACCCCUGCCUGCUCCACGGCCUGGGACUCGGGGCGCAGCCACGCGCCGACCCGUGCCUCUCGGACGGCAAGCUCGGAGCGAGCGGGUCGUCGUCGGGCGGCGACGGCGGAAGGUUCGCCGGCGGCCAUGCGUUUGGCGCCGCCGCCAAGGGAUGUCCGGGCGACGGGGCACUGCUGCUGCAGCCGCUGUCGGGCGAGGACAAGCCACCGUACUCUUUCAGCUGCCUCAUCUUCCUGGCGAUGGAGGAGGCGCCCGGCAAGCGGCUUCCCGUGCACAGCAUCUACGAGUGGAUCGCCGCGCGCUUCCCCUACUUCGCCCGCGCGCCCGACGGCUGGAAGAACUCGAUAAGGCACAACCUGUCGCUCAACAAGUGCUUCCGCAAGGCCGAUCGGGGGAAGGACCCCGGCAAGGGCUCCCUGUGGGGGGUGCAGCCCGAGUACCGACCCGUGCUGCUCGACGCACUGAGGAGGACGGGCUACUGGACGCGCUCGCUGACGGACAAACCCUCGUCACCCUCGUCGCCGUCGUCACCGUCGCCGUCGUCGCCACCGCUGCCGGUGCUGCAGCCGGUGCCCCUCUCGCCGCGCCGAUCUCGGCACGCGCCGCGGCACGGCUGGUCGGCGUUCGCCCUGCGCAGUUCCUCGUCGCUCGUGCGCGCCCACCGGAGCCUCUCCAGCUUCCACGCUGCCGAUCGGCGCUCCUCGAUGGUCGUGAAGUCGCUGCACGGCACUGGGCCGUGGAGAGGCUCCAGACUCGACUGCGCCGACACCGUCAAGCCGUGCCCGAGAAGCCGGGGCCCGUGGUGUCGCCCUGCCACCGCCACCGCACCGGCGCUUCAGCCGCUCGCCGAGGGCGGCGUGGCGGAGAGUGAGCGCCGUUCGGAGGCGUACAUGCGCCUCGUGCGCGGCAGGGAUUCCAAACUCUACCUGAAGCGCGGCCAGGGCCCGUGGCCCUCUCGGCGCCACCCGCCGGCCGCCGGUGAUGAAAUCGGCGAAGCGUGCGGCCCAGUUGCCGGUGGUGCGAGCGGUACCGGGAGCGGCGACACAAGUGACGCCGGCGGCAUGGGGAAGGCGGAUGUAAAACCCGCAGCGACGAUCGGUGGGAGCGCCGCCGUUGUUGCCACAGAGGCGGUGAAACCGGCGGUGAAACCGGAACCGGAAGCCGUGGGCGACAGUGGUGGUAACGCCGUCGACGGCGCCGGGGUAGAAGCGGAACACCCGAGCACCGGUGUCGGGACGGUCCCGAGCGACGACACGAGGAAUCCCGGUGGCGGCGAUAAUAGUGCCGGGGUAGACGUGGCUGACGGUAGGAGCGUUGUCGUGGUCAGAAGCAGCGGCGGCGGCGGCGGCAGCAUCCGUCGCGCCGGUUGCACUAACGCCCUCGCUGACCACAACUACGGGCUCUCCUGCCCGCCGCCAACACCACCACCGGCACCACCAGUGGUGCCGCUACAACCACCGGCGGCGCCAAGUGGCCAUGUGCACCGCCAAACCCGGCGCGAGAAGCCUUCCGGCCGGCGCUGGAAGCGCGCGUGUCGCGAGGCAGUGAAGCGCGGCAGAGUCGGGCGUGAGGACGGCGAGGUGGAGCAGGAAGGGAGUGAGGGGGUAACGACGACAUCGUCGUCGUCACGGCGCGGGCGGCAUCGCAAGCGCAGGCGGGGGGACGAGCGGAGGGAAGAGCAGCAGCAGCUGAGCUGGGAGGCGCGGGUGGCCGGGGUGGAUGAGGACGUGAGGGAGGCGGUGACGUCGUUGUUGUUCCUCGCCGGCAUUGACGUGGGGCCCCUGUGGAGGCCGCCCGCCGGCGCGGCCGUGGCGCUGGGGGCGGUGGCGGUGGCGCCGGCGCGCCGCGGCACUGCCCAGCUCAGCUGACCACGGCGCUCAGUCGGUUUGACGGAGGAGGGACGCGAUCACAAAGGAGAGAUGAGCAAACGGCUCCCGUCAUGCAAAGUUCACGCGCAUUCGUUGAAAGUAGCGUUGGAAAAAAGUACAACAUGUUUGAGAUUACAAUUACGUGUGUGCUGAGCAGAAAGACACACUUUGAGUCUGGGUUCUCGUCCACACGGUCAGCCGCUUUGUCAGUCCACCGCUGCGUCACCACGCCGUGCCGAUCGUGGUGGGUUACUUGACCGUACUUCACCACGCUGGGCAGUGCUCGUUGGUGAAGUGGUGGGGUGGCCCAAAACGGGUUAGGAUAUAUUGCUCGCCACGGAUGUUAGCCAUGGCCGGGUCACCACCGCGCACCAUCCUAAGAUCGACAACACCUACGGAUUGGAAGUUUCAUGAAUGUUAGAUCAUUUGGUACGUGUCCAGUAUUGUGGGAGCAAAGGAUUCGAUCAAUCGAUUUCUCGCUGCGUUGCAAGUAGCUACAAGAUGAGAGCCGUACGUGAUGUUUUUUUUUGGUUUGUGUUCAUCAGCGUCGUUGGACCCCCGCGUCCGAUUGCGUUUUCCCUCCGCUAAACGACGGAAACAUUUUCUUCGCCGACGCAAACGCGGCUUUUUGUGGGGUCGCGCACGAGGCCGCAGGUGAGGGCGUGCGUCAGCGUUCGCAGACCAUUGUGUGUGUUAAGUUAUUGAUUAAUACCUAAUUAAUAACUGGGCGUGCCUCGUGGAGGAGGGGUUUUCUGCCUAAGGGAGCCAGGAUGUGGGGGUGGUCGCUGUUUCUAAAAGGGCACCUAGUAGUCAAACGCUGCAGUAAAGUAGCCAAGUAUAAUUUGAAGUCGGUUAAUCGACGUCCCAGCUCAACUGAAAACUCGCAAGUUGUCUUCCCUGCUACAUUGCGAAUGUGUGGAACGGUCCUGUGCCGGUCGUGGAAAUUCCACAUACCUAUGGCCCCUGGCCAAUAAGGGCGGAUGCCGUAGACCUUCCGCAAAGACGGAGGUGCCUGUUUUUUAUCCGCCAGAGAGAGAUGGAUGAUGGGUAGUCGACCCUCACCCCCUCAUUCCCACAUCCCCCACUAACCGGGGAUUCAAACCUUCCACUUGUUUUGAGAGUGGAACACUCUCACCGCUGCCCCACCUUGUUGCUAUCAUCGUGAAGCAACGAUGCCUCGACUCUUUCACUCUCCGAGACGUCUGUAAGUUGCAUGGUGGGUGCCCCUAGUUCACCGCUGAAUCUCGGAACGCAGAAGCGUUUAGCGUUAAUUUUCAUUUAGAGAGGCGUAGCGCCGUUGUUUUUGAAGAUAUUGUUACUCACCGCAGAGAACCAUUGCGACACAACCGCACUCUACGAUAGCUGGCGCCAAACCGUGCUGCACACCCCGCGUGACCUUGUGUGUCUUCAAGUCUUCUGACCUGAAGACGUACCGAUAACUUUAUUUAACUUUUUCUUCCGAUUCCUUUGCGAUACUUUUUUCUUCCGAUUCCUUCCCGAUGACGUACGUGCACGAUGACGUACACGUACGUCACCGGAAUGGGAAAGGGUUAAUUUCUGGGCACGGCCCACGACCGCCCCCACUUCCCACCCCCCCCGGUUGUACCCCUUCGCCUGCCUUGUUGUAGGACCACCCCCCCACAUCGCUCGGCUGCUGUUGAAACUCUAAUGGCUUCCGAGAUGUUCGUUUCGCCCCAGAGUGUUCACCGGCACGUUCAGUAUUGAUCGCUCUCUCUCUCUCAUUGGCAAGAGCGCACAAGUUGUGAAUGCAGGGUGAUUCCGCUUGCAGAUACCCCACUAAAAUAAUCGGGAGAGAUUCGUGGCCAAGAACAAGUUUUACUUCAAAGCCUCCGCACGUUUCCCGCCCAUCUCCAUUCUUCACGUUGGUAAAUCGUCUAACAACUGUGUGAGAUACGGAGCCAUCACUUUCACAGUAUUCAGUCGUCUUUGAGAAGAGAGUGAGGAGGGUCGUUAUGAAGCCAAUGGGCUAUCUUUUUAUUUAUUGAGUUAAGUUUUCCCAACUUGUUUUUUUUGGUUAAUCCUGAUUGUGCUGUCGGUGUCGCGUCAUCACGAGACGAAGAACCCUUCCUUAUCGCUCCCGCAGAGUCGCCACCUAUUCAGUGGGGUAUCUAUACAUGUUAAGCCAUAACGUUAAGUUUUACGUUGCUCAUGGGUUGCUCGCACAGUCGUUAAAUAUCUCCUUAACGAGGCCGCAAGUUGCUCAUUGCCUCCCGCGUACCCCUCCCCCACAACACUUUACCUGUGCCCCCUAGUUGGGACAGAGGCCCCCACCCCGUCCCCAGCUUCGCUGCUGCCAGCCACAGGGAGACUUCGCAGCUUCACAUCGGCAGGAGCGGCAGCAGCGCGUUUCGUUUCCCCGUUCGUGUCGACUCCAGACGCGUUCUUGCCGCUUGAGUGCAGCGCGAGUCGCCGUCCGUCACGAGCGGCGGUCAGGUGACCCCCUCCCCCCCGCCCCACGUCGGCAGUGGUCGUCUUAUCGCGUCCUGCCACCACAGUGGCAGGUUUUACGAGUAUCGACGGCCCCGCGCUCUUUGCGAUUCACCGCGGCGACACGUGCCGGUGGGGGGGGGGGUGAUUAGGGUUAGGGCGAUUGCCCUCUUUGCGUCAAUGAUCACGACGACGACGACGGCGGUGAUCAUGCGUGUCAUAGUUUAGGACGAGGGGUGGGGAAGCUUUACGGCUGCCCGCGGGCGACACGAUGAGGCCCACCAACCACUUCUUAACGGCAAGCGAUGACGUCUUGGCCGCACUGAUCGGGUACUACGGAGGGGGGGGGAUGUUUUCGAUGAACCUUACAACAACAACUUGUUUCUAAUUUUGAUGACGCUUGGUCACCUGUAAAGUUGUGAACCCUGGUUAUUUCUCGUUAUUUUUGGAUAGUGCCGAGGUGCGUGCGUGCGGCAACCCGCCAACGGUAUCCGAACGUCAUAGCACAACACCGUGGCUCUCGUGGUGCGAGGCACCAGGGAGGCACCGCCCAGCGAUCGGCAUCGGAGCCAUUGCACGCUCGCACGCGCGCACUUGUCGGAGUGGACAGUGCGGAGAGGCCGUUUGCAUGGUACUGGCGGAGCUCGGUACGGAUUGUAGACUCCUGGUUGAAGCCACACCAGCUUCGCUGGAGGCUGCUGGAGUAGUUCUCUCGUUGCCUUUUUGGACCCUGAGCCUUUUUGGAGUUGGGAGCGGGCAAUAUUGAAGGUCAAUGUUAACCUGUGGUCCUUUAGUGGGGUCUAUCCCCCCCCCCCCCUUUGAUUGAGCACCCCUUCGUUGCGGAUAUUGGAUUUGCAACGACGUGUUGUUAAUACUGCGCUCUUGGCGGUCAUGGUGAAUAUGGAGAAUAUUAAAUAUAUAUUUUGAUUUUUGUUUUUUAAAACAUAUUUCUAGAGAGACAAAAAAAUAUAUCAAUUUGCAUUUUAGAAAAGAUUUUUUUUUCUAACUUUUGCAAAAAAAAGUGUUUGAGCUAACGCUGCCAAAACCGAGGCUUCCACGUGGGACAACGAGUGGAGUCUGACGCAAUUGGCACAACGAACCCCUCCUCCCCAAUUAAACCGUGACAUCACUGCCUUAUCUUGCCGAUGCCACCUGUGAGGGGAUGCAAACUCUGACCUGUUACCGCGGAGGCACGAGCGUUGGCUGCCUCCUCCCUCUGCCGUGAGACGGGGAGGCAGGGGUUGUGGGGGGGCUGGGUAGUCCGUUCGCGUGUACGGCUGCCAAACGUCGCCCCGGUGUGUUUCAGAAAGGGCCGGCUGUCCGUCUCGGUUGUGUGUCCCCCCCCCCCGCCCCCGAAGGUUUUUUUGCCGGCCAGAUCGGUCGGUCGGACGGGGCAUCGCGUCCCGUUGGAGGCCGCCCAGAAAGGUGGUCGCCUUGCGUCUGCGCCCCGUUAACACCGAAGACGUUGGCAGGUUUUUGGUUUCCCGCUGGACAUGUCCCGGCUCGCUGAUAGACUGGGAGUCGGUGGCGCGUGGCCGGGUAGUCUCGGCCAACCAAAGCGAGAUGUAUAUUUGGAUGCGGUGAUCCGGGUGGCAUUUAAGGCCUUGGACCGUCUGGGUUUCCCUCGGAGCUAGCCGGCGCGCUGGUUUGUUCUUUUUUGCAUUAACGGACACUGCCGAGGAGAUUUUAUUUGUGGAAAACCGGUCGGGUUCUCGGUAAGGGGAGGGAAAAUUACAUUUAAAAUGUUCUCUUAAAGUGUUAAAAUUAUGUUUGAACUAUUGUUGUUGAUAACGUUGGUAAUAAAACUAAAGCUAUAUCUGUUA